UCGGUAAAGGAAGAAGAGAGAAGAAAUGGGAGGAAUUCUCAUUCAGCACCACCAAAUCUCUCCCAAUCCUCUGAGAAAAGCUGGAUUCCCCGGGUCAUUUGCUUCCCAAAGAGAUAUCGUUCUCCUUUGUGCUCCGCUGCAAGGAUUCGUUCGGUGCUCAUCUUCCAUGAUCGUCAGAUCGGAAGCCAACGGGUCUCUACCGCCAGGAACGGUGGUAAAGAAGCACAGCAAAGAAGAGCUCAUCGAAUUCUUCAGAGGCAUCCAGGCCGCCAUUGCCAGGGACUCGCCCAAGGCGUCCAGGAGAACUAGGAAGCCAGCGCCGGCCGACCUGUUCGAAGACGCCGGCAAGCAAUCUUACGAGGAAGUGUACCAAGAUGGGCAGCCAAAUCUGGAGGACAUGAAGGUGGCCGAGCUGAGGGAGAUGGCGAAAGCGAGACAGAUGAGAGGUUACUCCAAGUUGAAGAAGGGUGAGCUGAUUGACCGUUUGAAGCGGGGUUUGGUCUCAUAAUUUGGUCCUCCUAUGAUCGGAACAGGCAGACGUCAGUGACAAC